AUGUUGCAGGGCGUUCAUUGAGAGGCCAUAAAUAGCCUUGCCACAAGCUUGUCUGAUCCUAUCAAUUAUUAAGGACCUAAAUUAGCUAGUUAGCACCACAAUACUCAUAUAGCUAGUUGACUUGACAUUCUGUUGAGUCAUCUUGAUUACUUAUUGGUCAAGAGAGGAAGAUGGAUUUCAAGCCUAUGGUGACCAUGCUGGCGGUUGUUGUCGUGUUCGCGGUCAUGAACACGCUGACAAAGAUGGCCUUCAACGAAGGGAUGCACACCACCGUCCUCAUCGUCCUUCGCCAGCUCACCGCCACUCUCUUCCUCGCCCCGAUCGCCUACUUCAGAGAAAGGAAGACAAGACCAAAGCUGACGACCAAAAUCUUCGUCUACCUCUUCUUCAGUGCCUUGCUCGGUGCUUCACUGACGCAGUGGCUCUUCUUCCUGGGCCUCCGGUACACCACGGCUACCUUCGCCUGCGCCUUCAUCAACAUGACCCCCAUGUUCACCUUCCUCCUCGCGCUGCCCUUCAAGGUCGAGAGGCUCGACGUCUCCACUGGCUCCGGCGCCGCCAAGCUCACCGGCACUGCCGUGGGCCUCGCCGGGGCACUCGUGCUCGCGCUCUACCAGGGCCCCUCCCUGACUUCAUAUCAUUCCUCGGCAGCAGCAUCAGCAGGAGGCGGCGCGCGGAGGUGGGCGGUGGGGUCGGCGGCGCUGCUGGGCGGGUCGGCGAGCUGGUCUCUGUGGUUCAUCCUGCAGUCCAAGAUCGGCACCAAGUACCCUGCUCUCUACUCGGGCACGGCGUGGAUGUCCUUCCUGAGCUUCCUCCAGAUGGCGGCGAUCGGGAUCGCCACGGAGAAGAUGACGUUCCACGUGUGGGUCGUGGCCACCAGGCUCCAGGUCGUCACCGUGCUCUUCGUGGGAAUCGCGGGGUCCGGGCUGGGGUUCCUGGCCAUGUCCUGGUGCGUGGAGCGGCGAGGGCCCGUGUUCACCACGGCCUUCAUGCCGCUGGUCCAGAUCGUCGCCGCCGGGAUCAACGUCAUCGCGCUCCACGAGCAGCUCCACCUCGGCAGCGUGGUGGGGGCGGCGCUGGUGGUCGUGGGGCUCUACUUCGUGCUCUGGGGAAAGAGCAACGAGACGAGGACCAAGGAGCUUCGUCCACCGUCGGAUUCCAAGAUCGUGGUACAAGCAGAGCAUGCAGCAGGUACCGAGACGGUGUGACUUGUGAGGAGCAGCAUCACCAACAAGAAAGAAGAGCAAGUUCACGAAGAUGAAGAAAUCUAGUUCACCAUUUUCUCCCUUCUGUCUUUCAUGAGAAUCAAGUGGACUUCAGGUUUUUUUCUUGUAAAGGAGAAAGUGGACUUUAGAUAAGACAAAAGGUUGACUAUUUAUGGUUUCAGACCAAGUGACUUCGAGCAAUCGGACCUCAAGGCAUUAC